AUGAAGAUUUUGCUUCUGAGCUUCUCCGGCCUUGUCAGCGCCUGCGGGCUUUCCCGACGAGACUCCCUCGUUUCCUUUCCGCCUCUAGGUAUCGUUGGAAGAGCCAGAGGAGGAGAUCCGUUACAGAGUCUCCGCAUUCUGAAUCCCUAUCCGGGCAUAUUUGCUUAUUAUGAUGGGCGUACUGGAGAGCGUUUCGCUUCCGACCAGCCCAAUUGGCUCGAUGAUGGCGCGUUCACGCUGGGAGUAUCGUCAUAUUCCAUCAUCGACGGCAACGAGGCCAUCAUAUACGACUCUCACAUUACUCCCGACCAUGCAGGUGCUGUAAUGCGUCAUGUUCAGAGCCAAGGUGUCACCAAGAUGUCGGUGGUGAUCAGUCACUUUCACAAUGAUCACAUUGCUGGCACUGAAGUUUUCUCCAAAGGGGGAGCCACAAUUGUCGGACAUGAAAUCACGGCCCGGACAGUGAAGAGGAAUACGCAGGACCUUGCUUCUGAUAGCCCAGCCAUUGUUGCUGUGCCCCCUACGGAGCUCUACACUGGGAAGAAGGAGAUGAAGGUGGGCAACCUCUCUGUUGAGUUGCACAAUUUCCAAAUUCACACUCCUGAUGGAACUAUUCUUUACAUCCCUUCGAAGCAGCUGAUCUUCGCCGGUGAUACUGUGGAGGAUACGGCGACCUUCAUCGCUGAUGCCAAGAGCUUGCCGAUGCAUCAGAUGGAGCUUCAACGAAUGGCGACUUUCCCUAUCUCGAAGAUCCUGCCUGCACAUGGAGAGCCAAACAGGAUUGCCAUAGGUGGCUACAACUCAACUUUCAUCAAUGCAACACUUCGGUACAUUGCUGCGAUGACAGAGGAUGUGCCGGAGCCAGCAGCUUGGAACCAACCUUUGUCUCAGGUUGUUGAUGCAGACGUCAAAGGCGGGGACUUGAUAUACUUCGCGCAAUACGAGGAAGUGCAUCAGAGUAACGCAGAUACCAUUCGGAGAAGCCGCGGGAGGGGCAAAAAUAACUGA